AUGCCUCCCACAGCCUACGUCCCGCCCGGCCAACAGCGCUCCCUGCGCGCCUGCAUGGUGUGCAGCAUCGUACAGCUCGAGUACCUUUUCAAGCGCAAUGGCUGCCCCAACUGCGACUUCCUCGAGCUCGCCGGCAACACCGACGCCAUCCAGGACUGCACCAGCCAGGUCUUCGAGGGCCUGAUCCACCUCGCCGACCCCCAGGGCAGCUGGGUCGCCCGGUGGCAGCGCCUCGACAGCUACACCUCCGGCAUGUACGCGACAAAAGUUUCCGGCGUGUUGCCCGAGGACUAUGUCGCAAUGGUCGAAGCGGCGGGCGUCAAGUACAUCCCACGCGACGGCAGUGCCCAGGAGGCAAGCGGCGAAGCAUGA